AACGGCCUCGCUCCUUCCCCCUCCUCCUCCUCUCCUCUCUCCUUCCUCCUCUACCUACCGCUGCUGCAUCUGCCUGUGUGCUGGUUAGUGUUCGAGGAGCGGAAGAGGAGGUCGAUCGAGAUGGGGAGGGGGCGAGUGCAGCUGAAGCGGAUCGAGAACAAGAUCAAUCGGCAGGUGACCUUCUCCAAGCGCCGAUCCGGGUUGCUCAAGAAGGCCCACGAGAUCUCCGUCCUCUGUGACGCCGAGGUCGCCCUCAUCAUCUUCUCCGCCAAGGGCAAGCUCUACGAGUACUCCACCGAUUCCAGUAUGGAAAAGAUUCUUGGACGAUACGAGAAUUACUGGUACGCAGAAAAGGCAUUCAUCUCAUCAGAUCUGGAUUCUCAGGGCAAUUGGUGUCAAGAAUACCGCAAACUCAAAGCUAAGUUGGAGGCUUUAAGUAGAAGUCAAAGGCAUCUGAUGGGAGAACAACUGGAGUCCUUGAAUAUUAGAGAACUCCAACAACUAGAGCAUAAACUGGAGAUUUCCCUAAAGCAUGUUAGGUCAAGAAAGAAUCAAGUCAUGUUUGACUCCAUUGCCGAGCUUCAAAGCAAGGAGAAGGCACUGCAGGAGCAAAACAAGAAUUUAGAGAAGCAGAUCGUGGAGAAGCAGAAGGCUAAAGUUGUCAACCAGCAAGCUCACUGGGAUCAUGCACAAAGAAGCUCGGCAUCACCGCCCUCGUUAAUGGCGGAAGCUGACCCUACCUUCAACAUCGGGCCUUAUCAAGGUAUGGCAGCUGUAUACGGGCAACAUCAGGUACGGACCAGUAAUGGUUUAUUGCCGCCGUGGAUGUUCCGUCCCUUGAACGGUUAGCGAUGACAUUUCCUUUUCUCGCAUCAAACCCCGUACAACUAAAGGCUGAUGUGAAAAGCGGUCUUCCACCGAAGGUCUCCAGGUCAAUUUUGAUCUAAGGUUUCCCUUCGAUCUCUAAUAAGUAAAUGGGACCGAAGAAAUGUAACAGCCACCGGUAGCGUCGAUCUCUCUUUAGCACGUGUAUAACUAUUUGUAGCAAAACUAGAAAGACUUCUUUAGCCUGUACAGACGACACAUUCUCUCCACAACAAUUAAAAGCAAGUAUAUCAGUCA